AUGAAGUCUUCAUUCAAAUCUGAAUACCCUUUCGAGAAGAGGAAAGAAGAGUCACAGAGAAUAUCUGAGAAAUUUCAUUCAAGGAUUCCAGUAAUAUGUGAAAAAGCUGAUAAAUCAGAUAUUCCUGACAUUGAUAAACGAAAGUAUCUAGUACCUGCUGAUUUAACCGUAGGCCAAUUUGUCUACGUUAUCAGGAAGAGAAUAAUGCUUCCUCCAGAAAAAGCUAUAUUUAUCUUUGUCAACGAUACACUACCCCCUACAGCAGCCCUACUAUCUGCUGUAUAUCAAGAACAUAAGGAUAAGGACGGUUUCCUGUAUGUUACUUAUUCUGGCGAAAACACUUUUGGCCUUUAG